ACUUCUCUAAACGGCGACAGCCCAGAGACGGAAAAUAAGGUUGGCAAAGGAGGGCAAUCCCGGCCGCCGCGCGACACUGUAGCACCCAGGAGACGGACAGCGGGUUGGCGAAGGAGCGCAAUCCCUGCCGCCGCGCCGCCGGAGAUGGCUUCCUCCGCGGACAGCUCCGAGGAGGAAGAGAAGCGGCAGUGCUGCAUCCCUGAAGCGGCGGACCGCCCCCUGCGACACCCCCUCGCCUGCAGCGACAGCAUCCGCCUCGUCGACGACCACUGCGCCCCCCAAAUGCUCGCCUAUAGCCGCCGCCAUUACCGAGGCGAGGUGUGCAGCAAGGUCGACAUCUCGAGCCAACCUUCCUGGGCUGCAGGCGCCACUGUUCUGCCAAUCCGCGGUUAUCGAUUCAUUUGGGCUGUUGCUUGUCUCACACAGUUAGCGAGUUCUUUUUCCAAUGGAGGAUGUCCAGGCUUGGAGUGCAUUUCUAGUGUUGAUUCAUUUCAAGAAGAUACAUAUGAGUCAAGCUUCGAAAUAUCUCCAACAGAGUUAGUAGAAUCAAUCUUAACUCUACCUGAAAGAUCCAGGGAGGGACUGAAAGGAAGAUUGUAUGAAUCUGAUGCAAACGGAAGCAGAGUACUAACUCAUGAAGCUGUUUCAAAACCUCUUGACGAAGUUCCAUCCUUUUCGACAAUUCUUCGAGUGAAAGUUAUGUUAGACAUUAAUGGUGGUAAGUGCUCCUACAUUCUCACAAGUAAACAUCAAGAUAUUGUCAAAGCUCUUAAAUGGAAGCCAUUCAGUUUGAAAAUGGCCACAGUUCACUGCAAGAGAGGGACAUGCGUCUCGUCAGCAUCAUAUCCUGGCCACAAUGCAUCAGUAAAGUCAGAGGCCUUGAAUAAUCUGAGGAACCUUAUGAUGAUAGUGGCACUGCAAUUCGGCACAACCAAAAUGGCCGGAGAUUUGGAUUUUCUCUUCCAAAUAGUGACAACAGAAUGUGGACUGGAAAUAUUGAAGACCUCAGCUUGACAAAUACAAACAAUUUUCUGGAUCUAGAGGCUGAAUGGUUUUUCUUACGUGAUGGAGGAAACUCGUUCGAACCAUGCCUGCUGCAGGGGAACCUUAAAAGGUCUCGAAAAAGGAUGUUCAAACCUUAUGACCACACUACAGGAACCUAUCUAGCAGAAUAUGAAGUUCAAAGUAUCCUAUCUUCAUGGGGGCCCCUUGUCCUUAUUGAAAAGAAUGGCCAGCUGUAUAUUCACAAUGUCCAGAGCCUCUAUCUGAGGAAGGUUUGGGAGCCUAUUCUGCAGGUAAAUUCGGUGUCUGCGUGUUCUCUGGAUUAUGACAGAAUAGUCAUGGCUGGCGUCAAGCUUCAGUUGGCAGUGAAUAAGAGCACUAAUGAUGGAUGUCAUCUGUGGAUUUGUGAAAGGUCCCUUGGACUAGACCAUCAAUGGUCGGUUACUGGCUUUGACUAUAAGGACGCUGUUAUCAGCCUUCUUGCCGCGGGCAGUCAUAUCUACUGGAUAUCUGACGAACAAGAGUUAUACAGCCUUGACAAAGAUGAGAAUGAAGAGUUGGCUAUUUAGGUAAAUGACCUUGGAGAUGAGAUGACGGCACCUGCACGAGAGAUGAGCUUACUGUGGGCUGAUGGGAAUCUAUUGAUAGUUGAGCUGAAGGAAGUGCCAGUCGUUUGGCAGGUCACUUGGGAUGCAGAUGGCAGUGCCUGCUACCGUCAGCUCAGCAAUCUAAUGGGCUAUAAUGCAUUUGUGGUACCUGGAUUGAGCGGGUUUAUCUUACCAGCUGCUGAUGGUGCUCUCGGAAACAAGGUUUAUGUCGGAAAUGACCACUCCACGGACUGUUAUGCCUACAGUCUCACUGAACGAGUGUUUGAGAACCUUAUGCCCUGUGAGAGUUUCAACGUCCAUUCUGCUUGCAAGGCUCGAUGGGUUGCGCUGAGGGGGGCUGUUCUCGAGGAGGACUAUGUGUGAAGUCUGAUGAGUAGACUGCCGUGGUUUCUUCAAGAUAUAUUGAAAGCUCCAUUCCUUAUGUUCUUUCCAAGGGUGUCUUUCAAGAAUCAAGAUUAGGUUACUCAUCAAUGUCUUUUCUUUUUUCCGUUUUAGAUUACCUCUAAAGGUGCUUCCUUGCAUUCUCUUUUUGCCAGGGAGAGUGCCAUGCUUGAUGAAAAAAAAAGAACAUGCAAGAACAAGUUCACUGUAAAUCCCUUGAAUAUUCUCUACCUAUAUGAGAUCAUCAAUUUUGCUUU